GCCGUCUCUGCUAUAAGGAGCGCGUGUGGCACGUCCUUGGCCGCGAGCCACCGGCCACGACGUUCGUUCGCGGGUCGCUUAGCGAGGUGUUGGCGAGUUCGAGUGGCGGCGUGCGUGAGUGACGUUGUAAGAGCCAGGCUUGCCGCCGCCGGCGUGCCGUCCGCGUAGCCGCGUACUCAUUGUGACAGACAGACGCUGGUCGACAGACGCGCGUGUGGUGGUGGCGUGGUGCGUGUCCGUCCGACGCGCUUCUCUCUCUCUCCCUCUUUCUCUCUCUCGCUCCCGCUGUAUCGCCUCUCUCGUUCUCUCUUUCGCCCUGUGUCUCUCUCUGGUGUCUUGUCUGGUGCGCGAGAAAAAUCUGUCCUCCCCGGCCGCGCGCGCGCUGCACUCGCGCUCGCUCGUGUUACGGGAAUCCCCCGCUGAGGAAAGGAUCCGCUACGGCGAGAAAACAUGGGGAGAGGGACAUCGUUGUAUAUGAAUUCCGCUGACGGUCUGCAAUGAAUUUCCCGCCGUUCGGAGGUCACUUCCCCAGCACGAUACCGAGUAUCCAUCAAUUCGCGACCGACAGUUCCAGCGGUGCGGGCGCGCGAUACGCCAAUCAUUUUCCCAACCAGCCUCCGAUCGGAGUGCCGGUGAUGGGAAAAUACCGUCCCGAGAACAACAGCGUACAAUCCGCACAGUCGCAAGUGAUGAUGAACAAUAAAGCUAGCUAUCCCAACAGCAACGUUCAUCAUUAUCCGAAUGUGCCGUACUCACAAGCCCAAUCGGUCCAGCAACGGCCCGCCAACUCGCCUGGAAUGCAAGAGAAGCGCUCGUAUCAUCAGGAUAAAGACAAAAACAAGGAAAAGAAAGCGGAGGAGCAGCAGCGCAAUGGAGAGACUACCACGAACGGUGCCCAGCAGGAUUACACGAUGCAUCAGCACCAUCAGCAGCACGCUCACACCCAAACGCCAGCUACCAUGCCGGCUACGUGGCAGUCUCUCGCCACUCCCGGAUCCACCGUGGCUGAUUAUCUCAGUCACCUGCCGGCUAGCACCUUGCCACUGAGUAUACAUCACUUUCUCAAGUAUUCAUCGAGCAUCAAGAAGGAGUCGGACUUGGCGCAGACGACUUCGGUGGCGGUGGCGACCACAACGACGCCCAACAUAAUGAUGUCGCCGAACAAUAAGAAGAAGAAAAAGAAGAAGACCCCGAAGGAGAAGAAGCCGCGCCCGAAGCCGGGCGAGAUCCGUCUGACAACGGCGCUGGACGGCUCGACGCUCUACUGUUGUCCGGAAUGCCACAUGGCGUACCCGGAGCGAGAAUUGCUGGAGCAACACCUCCUGGGCCACACUUUGGAGAGAAGAUUUGUCUGCGACAUAUGCGGCGCCGGCUUAAAGCGCAAGGACCACCUCACGCGUCACAAGCAGAGCCACAAUCCCGAGCGGCCUUACGUUUGCACCGUCUGCAUGAAGGCAUUCAAGAGGAAGGAGCAGCUGACGCUACACUUCGUGAUACAUUCCGGCGAGAAGCGGCACGUGUGUACCGAAUGCGGCAAAGGAUUCUAUCGGAAGGAUCACUUGCGGAAGCACACGAGGAGUCACAUUGCGAGAAGAGUGAAAGCCGAACUGAGCCAAAACGCUGGUACGCAACAGAAUCAACAGCAGAAUAACGUGUCGAGUAUGCAAACGACCGUCUCGGCGUCGUCCGUUCUUCCGGGUGGGCAUCCGGGUCCCCUCCUGUCCUGAGCCCCGCCACCAGGGAACUUCCAGGUUCCCCAUCCGAACAACAUUCUCCAUACGCACACUUCUCAUCACUCCCUGCAUCAUCAUCAUCUUACGGCGGUGAACGUAGCGCAUCAGUCGAGCGUCACGCCACUCGCUACGCCCAGUCAUUAUCAGUCGCACGAGCUUAGCUUUUUGGCGCAUGUUAAAGAUUUCUGAGAUGAGGAGAGAACCUCGGCAAAGAGGUAACACCAACACGCUAACUGGUCAUCGUCGACGGAUAGCUCCGACUGAUUCAUGAUUUGAAUUUAGUGAGUUUUAUACAUACAAAUGUAUUCGCGUAUAUAUAUAUGUGCUCCGGAUGGAGCUUCCUAUGUCUCGUCUGGUCAAAGUGUGCAAUCUCGUUUGUUUAUGGCGCAGUCUCUCGACGUAGCUGGCCAUCAUUCCUGGCACUCUUCUUUUACUAUAAUUUUUCAUUGCUCGUACCCCUUUUCCCCAUUUCCGGCACGAAGUCGCACGAAGUGACGAAAGAUGCGGCAGCGUCUCGCGCCAAAUAUAUACGUAUCGUAGCGACAGCCACGCAAGACGCUGCGGCGUGCCUUGUAGCAGGAAGAGAAUUUUCUUUCGAAGUAACAAUGUCUGAGGGAUAAAAACAGAGAGACAUAGAAGCUACACGCUCCUUGUAGCACAAACAAGAAAAGUACACAUGUGGGAGAAAAUACUAAUUUUCCACAGGACCUCUAGAGUAGAAAUUUGACUGUAAGUCAAAGAUUCUUGCCAUACGUCGUGUACGACGAGGAAAAAAAAGAUAUUUUUAUGAAAGGUCGGUGUUAACGUAGAAAUUAAGUUGAUGGAUGAGAAAGAAGGAGAGAGAAUGAGAGAGUGAGAGAGUGAGAAAGUAAAAGAAAGAGAGAAACAUAAUGAAACAUCUUUUUUUUCUUACAUCAUCGCGUUAAUUAAAACCUGCGUUAAUUUCAUGAUUUCCGCGAUGGUUGUGAAUGUUUUUAUUAUUUCUUGUUAAACAAGAUUGCAAGUGCAAAUAGUGUAAAGGGAAUAGGAAUUACGCAUAGCGAUGUUCCUAAUGCAGAUGUGAACGACGAGUCGACCCACCGAUUAGAAAGCAACGUCUCUUCAUUUUUCAAAUGCGGAUGUUCACUUGAUUCUUAGUGCACAUCCAGAGAUUAAUUUCGUGGUAACUUAUAUACGCAUCUUUCUUUUUCUUUUUUCUUCUUUCUUCUUUAGCUAUGCCACGGCUCUACGGCUGUGGGAGAAGCGGCAAAAAAGCGUAGCAAUAUUUCACGAUAAAAAUUAUAUUUUGAUGCAAAUUGUAUUUCGUUUCAUUUUUGUUGAGAGAAUUGAAGAACUUUUGUUCCUUUUAUAUGUAAAGUUGACAGUAUUUUAUAUAUUUUACGAUAUAGUUCGAAAUUUUUUACUUAUAUAUGUAUAUAUAUGCACAGUUUUUUUUUAUGUAUAUGUGUAACAUCACACGCGAGCAUAUUUGCCCGAUUGAUCAGAGCAAAUGUGCGACUUUCCUUUGCGAUAUAUCGCACUGAGCAUUCGUCAUGGAAGCUUAAUUAGCCUUUACAAUUAGACUUUUUUUACAUUGUUUUUUUAUACAUAUUUUUCGUUGGACUUCUUAUAUUCGUUACAUUCGUGUGUUGAGUACUGAUUAUAUAUGAUAAGAUUUAUUUCAUAGAUAUGCAACGUAUACUGUGGUUUUUUUUCGGUUAUGAGUUACUUUUUAAUGUUUAUAUUUAUCCACAUCGCAAAUCUCUUCACAGACUGUGAUUAUUUCCGACAAAGGAUAUCUGCUGUAAUCGUCAGACUGCGUUUAAGUUUAUACUUUGGCCUCACUUUAGUAUUAACGUUCGUGCCAUCGUUUUUUAAACUUUUCUUCGCGAUUCUUUUCUUGCCAUACUGACAGAUAUUCGUUUUAGUCAUAGGUACCGUCGCGUAUACAUAAAUAGAUAUAUAUCUUUUUUUUAUUAUUACUAUCAUCAGCAUUGCCAUCAUCAUUGUCAUUAAUAUUUUUCAUUAUUAUUAUUAGUAUUAUAAUCACAUAUAUAAUUAUUGUUAUUUUUAUAAUAUUAUUUAUCUUCUCAUAUAUUCGUAGAUCUUAUCGUGAACUGAUGUCGGACAUGUCUAUGUGCUGUAUAACAUGCAUACCGCGACGUUAAAAUGUUAGGAAUAUGAUGCGAUUAUCGUGGAAAUUAAAUUUCCGACUAUAUAUAUAUAUUUGUUAAUUUUGCAUAUCAUUUAUUGAAAUGCAAUCGACGUAAUAAUAUUCUAUAAUUUACGCAUAUAAAUUCUUUCUUAAAAAAAUGAUCUCAUAAUUUAAACGUAGUAUUCUGCAAUAUAGUUUCCCCGACAAUGAUUAAAUUAUAUUGAAAGUCAAUGAAAAUGCAUCGUUAUGCACCUUGUCGCGUGUUGCGUCUCUUCAAGCAUACAAAGUUUAUUGCAUUUUCAACUAAAAAUGUGCGUUAAUAUUAUUUUUUUUAUUCAAGCAAUCGCAGUUUAAGCGUAGAUUUAGCAUUUUUCUUACCUACCUUUAUCGCAUCGUAUCUCUAACAUGGAACGUUUUGAGUGACAUAGAGAAUUCAGGUUUUGUCAGACCUCAAGUAUAUAAUGAUAUACUAAAGUUAUUAUAUACAUGGUAUAUAUAUAUACAUGUAUACUAAAAAAAAGCCGUAUGUAAGAGAUCAAUUUAUAUAUUAAAAUAUUUCAUUGCCAUUGUACUUGUAACUAUCAAGGCAGAGAAUAUGUCUUAGAUCGUACGUUAGCGAGUAAAUUUGUAUACAAAAUAUACUGUACCGUAAAAAGCGGAGAGAGAGAGAGAAAACCACAAUUGUGAACAAAGUGUGUCAAAUGUCGCGCGCUUUUUAUUCAGAUAUUACAAGCUUUGUAAGCUUUAUACAAUCCCGUUCAAUCACAAUACGUGAUAAUUGUCUGUUGUGGCAAUUUCGCAAAAUCUGAGCCAUUAGAGAUAAAAAGCUCAUCGAGUAAUAAACUUUUAUUAUAAUAGUUAACGCGGACUUUGAUAGUCCUUCAAUUUAAGAUCUAGUUAUCGAGAUAUUAGAUAUUGAUAAAAAAGAAAGUACAAUUUUUAAACAAAUAAAUCUGUAUCGUGUCAUUAAUACGGACUCUGAUAGUCCUUCAAUUAAGAUGUAACUAUCAAACCGUUAAAGGAUUGGCGAUUAAGAGAAGUGCAAUCUUUUUAAUACAAAAAAAAUCUGCAUCCGAAAACAAUGAGAAAGCGCGGGACUUUUCUCACAUUUUGCGCAAGAGAAUACGAAAAUAUAAGAGCGAGCGUCGGUAUGUAAGUCUUGUGGAAAGUAAUCUGUUUUUUUUUUAUAGUGGUAGAUGGACUAUGCGAAUAACUCAAUGAAAGAUAACGAGGGAUAGCUUUACGAUUUAUAAGAGGCAGUAGGCAGAGGGAGUGGAGGAGAGAGCGCGGACAGAGCAGAUAUUUCCAAAGUUCGACAUACGUCUUUGACUGUUCAAACAAAUGAGCGGCUCAAGAAGAUCUAUUUUGAAGGGUAGCUAAAAAGAACGUAUUUCCAUUCCUCGACGAGGCGAGCAGUCGAUUCUCACGAUCGUGGGCAAUCGACCGGGUGCUUCGUCGAGCUACGUAGUAGAUGUAGUGAUGUUCCUGUAGAAAAAGAAAAAAAAGAAAAGAAAAGGGAGAGAAUAAUAGUUGACGUGCGUUUCUAAAGAGGGAGAAUACUUUUCCGGUGCCUUCGCAUUGCGCUGGAUUUCACAUACCCGUAUAGUUUUCCAGUCGUACGAUCGGAAAGAUCUAAAAAGAAGCGGCGCGUUGUGCCUCUCUGUUUUUCGGAGCUACGUGUACACUUGUCCGCCUCCACGUUGCUCGAGUGGCCGUCGUUUCCGUUGGUUUCAGAGAUGUGACAGAAAGACAAUUUACCGUUGCCUCGUAUUGUGCAUCAUAUUCGAAAAACGUUUAAAAAAAAACGUUUUAAGGGGAGCGCCCUGCGUUUCGUUUGUACGCUUCUUCUUUGCCGUAGGAAAGGCAUACGGUGUACCGAACUGAUCGAUUUUAAAAUGUCGCAAAAAAAAAAUAAGAGAAGAGAAGAAGGGAGAUAGGGGUUGAUAGGCCUCUAUCCAAAUGUAUUUGAACGCUUGGAACGUGUUGCUGGGCGCGCUCGUUCGGUUUCGAUCAAACUGGAGACGUCGGUUAUACAGACUUGAUUCUCCUUCGUCUCGAUUAGAAGCGAUCAAUUAAGAAUAUGGAUUUUAUAGAGGAUAUAUACUGAUAGCGAUAAGGAUAUUACUAA